GCAGGAAACUACUUAUUGAUUUUUCAAUGCUGAUAUUUCACGCUUUUUUGUUUUUCCUAUCAAACUCAAAAUUUUCUGCUGUCCAAGAGAAUAAAAAAAUCGCAAAUGGAAGAAUUUAUUGGCGUUUAAACUGAGUCAUGUUAAAUCGAAAACCAGUCAAUUCCUCGCUCUACAAAAAUAGUUUUAGGUACUUGAGCCAAAAGAGUAACGGGACCAACCUGAACAAAUUCCAAGCUAAACGAAUCGCGUUCGAGAGUGAUUACUACUACAAGCAAAAUAAAGAACUGCGGGAAUUAUUGAAGCGAAAAACCCAGGAGGAGGUGCAGAAGAUGCAGAACAAAGUUCGCUCCAUGCAGCGUCAAAUUAACGAGUAUAAUCGCGACAUAAAUGAGACACUGAGAUUUUUAGAAAAUUUGGAUAAGAACGUUACCUCUAAGGAGAAGAAAACCUGAGUCAACAGUAAAAAUUCAGAGGUCUGUCUGAUAUUUAUAAACAUUUUGUGGACAAAAAAAUUAAAAAUGUGCGCUCUGAUCCAAAUUAAAUAAUUAAAAGAGAGAAACUUUAUUUUCUCUGUUCUCACGACUCACGAGUCUUCACUCCCAGAUUUAAGAGAAUUAAUUUCAAUGAUUAAAUAA